UUCUCUCCUUCAAUCGCUCUUUUUUAAUUCUCCCGAUGUAUUGUGCUUGUAAACCCACAACAUUUCGUCUAAAUUAAUCAGUCGUCGAAUAGUUGUGUGUACGUGAAGCGAAAAAGUGUUUGGGUUGAAAAAGCCGACGCCUUUUUAAGUAAUCUGGCGAUCGCGGUUGCCGCUCGAUCGGUAUUUUAUCGAAAGACACACAUGAAAAAAAAAGUGUUUACACAAGCGAAAAACAUUUAAAUUUGUAUCUAGAUUCUGGUUUCUAUCAUUAAGUGUUUUUAUUCACAUGCUGACAGAGUAUAAACAGCUCACCGCCGCUCAUAAUUUAGCUCGAACGACUUCAUACACACAAACACAGACAAACACAUCGAUCAACGAACAUAUGAGCAAUGGAUGAACACCUGUUGAUGUGUUAUGGCGAUCUGCAUAGCCUCGCCAGUGCACUAUCGAAGCGUGACAUCAAUGCAUUCCGACGAGUGCUACAGUCGCCGUCCGAUGUGGAAAAAUACGAUUCGGAAAAUCAAAUGUCGAUCUUUGAACAGGCUUGUCAAACGCCCGGUUGCGCCGAAUUCAUCGAAGAAUGUAUUUUAUCUGGCUGUGAUGUUAAUAAGCUAAACCCGGAAUUUCAGAAGCGACCGAUAAAUUUUACCGUCGAGUCUCACAACUAUGAUAAUCUGUGUGCUUUAUUGAGCGAUCCAAAUGUGAACGUUGAUUCGAAAUACUCGUCGCUGACACCGAUUAAUUUUCUCGCCGAACAGAUUACGGACAGCAACUUCAGCAACUUGUAUCGUUGUAUCAAGUUAUUGGUGAAGCAUUGUGCUGACUUGAACAUUCCGGGACGUCGUGAAAUAACACCAAUUCUCACCAUUUUGAAGAAUAAAAACUUGAGUGCACCAAACAAAGAAUUGAUUGUAACGUAUUUCCUUGAAAAUGCCGAUGUUGACAUCGAUACACCACGGAAAGGUGAAGCCAGAACCUUGAUUGCAAAAUUGAUGCCAGAUUUGCAAUUGCAACCGGUGCGUGAACCAAGCACCCACUUCGAUUUCAAUCGUUUGAUGGUCUGUCUUCUCAAUGAAAAUGAAAUGGAAUUCUUGCGAGGACUCAACCACAUCGCUGAACACACUCCAGAGCAGCUACCGGAACUAUUCCGAGCUAAUGACAACAAUGAAACAAUGUUGAUUUUGGCGUGCAAAAGAGGAAUGCCAUUGGCUGUCGAGCGAAUGCUUCGUUUGGGUGCUGACAUCAAUGCCACGAUUGACACACCACACGAUCCGCCCAACCCAAUCAAAAGUGCGUGCAUCUUUGGCAACUGGAAAGUGUUGGAAGUUUUACUCAAGUCUCCAAAGUUGAAUUUGAAAAACUCCGGCGCUUUGCUGUCGAUUAUUGUAAAACAUAUUGGCGAUCAAGUGACACCCAAGUGCAAUUACGAAAAGUGCUUCCAAAUGUUGUUGAACCAUCGAAACGUCGAUAUUAAUCAAAAAGAUUUGAACGACUGCUCGGCCUUGCACUAUGCAGUCAAAUUCAACAAUUCCCGUGCAACUCUUGACCUUCUGAAACGUGGCGCUUUCAUCGGUGUGAAAAAUAAAUUCAAUCAACUUUCGAUAUCAAGCAUCAAUCCAAAAGUACUUGAAAAACAUUUAGAUACUUGUAUCACUACCAACGAAUAUCGAGCUGGGGAUGAUAAUUUUGAAAUUUAUUUCGAUUAUACGAAUUUGGUGCCGUUGGAAACGCGCGAAAGUACACAGCAAUCGGCUGAUGAGGGAAAAAAAUCGCUGGAUGCGUGCCCUGACGAAAUGGCCACUAUCGAAUACAUGUCGCAAUCCAAUGAACUCAGACAUCUUAUCCGUCAUCCGCUCAUCGCGAGCUUCUUAUUCUUGAAAUGGAACCGACUUGCAUUUAUUUUUUACGUGAAUUUCCUGCUGUGUUCAUUGUUUGCCGUGAGCACAGUUUCGUAUAUUUUAUUUUGCUACAACGAGGAGCCGAGUUCGGUGGAAAUAAAACAGUUGAUGCGAUGCAUAACGACAGUGCUGACUGUUUAUAUUGCGGUGAGAGAAAUAUCACAGUUUACAUUUUCGCCGCGUGUUUAUUUAAGCAGUUUGGAAAACUAUUUGGAAUGUACUUUGAUUGUGCUUGUGGUUCUGAUUCUGUUUGAUAUAUGCUCCGACGAAUGGCGUCGGACCGUGGCAGCCACAUCAAUUCUGAUAAUUUCCAUUGAAAUCUUCCUUUUGGCUGGUUCGCUGCCAUUUUGGUCAUUCUCCACACAUUAUGUCAUGUUGAAAACAGUUACUUGGAGUUUUUUGAAGAGUUUAUCACUUUACGCCAUCAUUUUAUUGGCAUUUUCACUGUCAUUCUUCACAUUGUUGCGAGACAACCCGAAAAAAGGAAAGGCUGACAAUAAUCAAGCAUACAAUAUUGAUGUUCGACAACAAACAGAAAAUACACCAAAAAGUGACGGCGAUGAUGACGACGAUGGUGAGCUGAACAAAUUCAGCAAUCUCGGCUUAUCAAUGAUGAAAACUCUCGUUAUGUCAACGGGAGAAUUCGACGCAGCUAGUAUUAAUUUCCAAAAUAAUCCAUGGAGUUACUUCGUUUUCAUCGCAUUUCUCUUCAUCAUUUCCACGGUUCUCCUUAAUUUAUUGAACGGUUUGGCCGUCAGCGAUACUCAAGUUAUUAAAUCCGAAGCCGAACUCACCAACUUUAUUCGACGAUGUCAAGUGCUGUCUCGAUAUGAAAAAGCACUGCUGGAUACCAACAGUUGGUUCAGUUGUCCAUCAUUUAUGAAAUAUUUCGCCCGCGCCACAAUCAGUGUCUUUAAGGAAUUGAAGCCAGUGUUCCAAGUUCGUGUGAAGCCAAAUGACAACAAUCAAAUCUCACUUCCUGUCCCAAUAGACUACGAAAAGAAAACGGAUGCCAUUGAAAACGAGAUGCAGCCGAUACAAUGCCACAAUUGCUUCUCUUGCUUCGGCAAAUGCUCGCGAAUGGACAAGAAAAUCGUGAAACUUGCAAUGGUUGUGCUUGACAAGGUCAAAAUGGAAAAAUUCGAAGAAAUUGAAAAAGAUCUGCUGAACGAUCGCAUCGGUAAAAUUGAAGUUUCACUUGAAAAUAUCACGAAUAAACUAAUUACUCUCUUGAACAAAUAAGAAAUAUGAUGCACAAAUAUAUUCAUAAACAAGUUUCUCCAGAAACAUGUGAUAAUUAUUUUUUUUAAACUAUAUCACAUGCUACUGGGCAAUAUAUUGAAAAUUUUAAUGAAAAUGUUUUGAAUUAAAAAGAAAAUAAAGAGAUUUAUAGAAUCCGUUAUAAAA